GCAGGGGGGGAAAUGCAAGAGCAAAGUCUCUAUACGGUGUAGAGAGAGCCGUGUGGCGCCUGGGAGUGGCACCCCAAGGUCUUCGGCCAUGAACGGGAGCGGCGCGGGCAACUGCUUCUCAGGAUCGGUGCAAAUCCCAGAAGGCACCACGGUGCUGGUAGAGCUGACCCCGGACAUCCACAUCUGUGGCCUUUGUAAGCAGCACUUCAGCAAUUUGGACGCCUUCGUAGUCCAUAAGCAGAGCGGCUGCCAGCUGACCAGCACGCCUGUGACGGCCCCCAGCACCGUCCAGUUUGUGUCGGAGGAGACUGUGCCUGCCACCCAGACCCAGACCUCCACAACGACCAUCAAUUCAGAGACCCAGACCAUCACAGUUUCAGCUCCAGAGUUCGUCUUUGAACAUGGCUAUCAAACUUUCCUGCCCACGGAGAGCAAUGAAAACCAGACAGCCACCGUGAUCUCUCUCCCGACCAAGUCACGUACCAAAAAGCCCACAGCGCCCCCUGCUCAGAAGAGGCUUGGCUGCUGCUAUCCAGGUUGCCAGUUCAAGACUGCCUACGGCAUGAAGGACAUGGAGCGACACCUGAAGAUCCACACGGGUGACAAACCCCACAAGUGUGAGGUGUGCGGGAAGUGCUUCAGCCGGAAGGACAAGCUGAAGACGCAUAUGCGCUGCCACACGGGCGUCAAGCCCUACAAGUGCAAGACGUGCGACUACGCGGCGGCCGACAGCAGCAGCCUCAACAAGCACCUGCGCAUCCACUCGGACGAGCGGCCCUUCAAGUGCCAGAUCUGCCCCUACGCCAGCCGCAACUCCAGCCAGCUCACGGUGCACCUGCGCUCGCACACGGGGGACGCCCCCUUCCAGUGCUGGCUCUGCAGCGCCAAGUUCAAAAUCAGCUCGGACUUGAAGCGGCACAUGCGUGUGCACUCGGGGGAGAAGCCUUUCAAGUGCGAGUUCUGCAACGUCCGCUGCACCAUGAAGGGGAACCUCAAGUCGCACAUCCGCAUCAAGCACAGCGGGAAUAACUUCAAGUGUCCGCACUGCGACUUCCUGGGGGACAGCAAAUCAACGCUGCGGAAGCACAGCCGCCAGCACCAGUCAGAGCACCCGGAGAAGUGCCGCGAGUGCAGCUACUCGUGUUCCAGCAAGGCGGCGCUGCGCGUGCACGAGCGCAUCCACUGCACCGAGCGCCCGUUCAAGUGCAGCCACUGCAGUUUCGACACGAAGCAGCCCAGCAACCUGAGCAAGCACAUGAAGAAGUUCCACGCGGAUGUGCUAAAGACUGAGGCCCGGGAGAGGAAGGACACGGGCAGGCAGAGCAGCCGGCAGGUGACCAGGCUGGAUGCCAAGAAGACGUUCCACUGCGACAUCUGCGACGCCUCGUUCAUGAGGGAGGACUCGCUCCGUAGUCACAAGAGGCAGCACGAGCACCACGACGGGAAGAACUCGGACGUGGCCGUGGUACAGCUUCAGCUCGAGGGCGGCAAGCAGCCAGCCGCGCCCCUCGCCGUGGAGCGUCUCCAGGUGCCCCUCCAGCCCAGCCAGGUGUCCCAGCUGGGCGAGGGGAGGGUCAAGAUCAUCCUGGGCCAUCAGGUGCCUCAGACCAACACCAUCGUCCAGGCGGCUGCCGCGGCUGUCAACAUCGUGCCCCCAACCCUGGUCACCCAGAGCCCGGAGGAGCUCCCCGGCAACGGCCGGCUGCAGAUCCUUCGCCAGGUCAGCCUGAUCGCGCCGCCUCCGUCCUCCGAGUGUCCCGUGGAAGCGGGUGCCCUGAGCCAGCCGACCGUCCUGCUGACCACCCAUGACCAGACGGUGGAGGCCACCCUGCAGCAGACUCUGAUCCCCACCACCCUAGCCGGGACCCAGGAUGGCACGGGAAACCAGACGUUUAUUGCCAGUUCGGGGAUCACGUGCUCGGACUUGGAAGGCCUUAACGCCCUCAUCCAAGAGGGUACUGCCGAAGUGACUGUGGUGAGCGACGUGGGCCAGAGCAUCGCGGUGGCCACCACGGCGCCCUCCAUAUUCUCCUCCCAGCAGGAACUGGCUAAGCAGACCUACUCCGUCAUCCACGGGGCGGCACACCCCGCCCUGCUCUGUCCGGCCGACUCCAUACCUGAUUAGAGCGAAAGGAGGGGUGACAGACAAGAAAAACUGCUCAAGGAGUGCCGAAAGAGGCCUCGGGUCCCUCCUAGUAAAUUGUAUUUUAUACGGUUUAUGCAAUUUUUUUUUAACAGGGUGACAACGCGGAAACCGUCCUCUUUCAAGCUCUUACUCUGUCUUAACUGUUACCAACACUGAUCCCAAUAAGGAUUUGGAAUUCACUGCAUUGGGGAUGGAAUACAUCGUUUGUUUCCGAUUUGAUUUUCCAUGUUUCGGAUUUAAUUUUUCCAACUGGAAUAAAGGUGUUUGGGUUUGGGUUUUCCAUCGUA